GCAGAGCCCACCCCGGAGUCCUGCCCGAUGCACCACAACCCCCUCAGCCUCUUCUGCGAGGCCGACCGAGAGGUGAUCUGCGGGCUGUGCGGCACCAUCGGCGACCACCGCCAGCACCAGAUCACCCCCCUCUCUACCGCCUACUGCCGGAUGAAGGAGGAGCUGUCUGUGCUGCUGACUGAUGUCCACCAGUACAAGCGGAACCUGGAUGAACAAUUCAGCAAGCUCAUCAACAACAAAAGCCGCAUCGCGAACGAGGCAGAUGUCUUCAAGUGGGUGAUCCGGAAGGAGUUCCAGGAGCUGCACAAGUACAUCGAUGAGGAGAAGGCCACCUUCCUGGAGAGCAUCGAGGGGAAGGCAGCCCAGCUCAUCACCUCCAUUGAGUCCCAGGUCAAGCAGACAUCAGACGCCCUGCAGAGGCUGAAGGAGAUGCAGAGCUCUCUAGAGGCACUCAGCAAUGAAAACCAGCUUGAUUUCAUCCGGAAAUACGGCUCCUCCCAGUUCAGGUCAGAGCUCCCCAGCCUGCACCCCAGCGACGGCAUCUUUAGCCCCGUGUCCUUCAAGCCUUGCUUCCACCAAGACGACAUCAAGAUGACCGUGUGGAAGCGCCUGCACCGCCGCGUCCUACCAGGUACUCACCUGCCCCGCCGGCUGCCCUGGCUCGCUGGUGCCUGGGACAGGUUGCCCAGCCGGCGUCGUGCUGCCCUGGCCUCUCUAGCUCUCUGCUUGGGCGCUCCUCACCCCCAGGAGAUGCUCCUGGAGCGGUGUCUCCUGCUGGUAGCGGCCUCCAGGGUCUGCGAGACCCCUGCCUGGUGGUGUGCCUGGAGCCUCCGUGCUUUCCUUCCAGCUCCAGAGACGCUGAAACUGGACCCAGUGACAGCGCAUCCCCUCCUGGAGCUCUUCAAGGGCGACACGGUGGUGCAGUGCGGGCUCUACCAGCGCCGGGACAGCAACCCCAAACGUUUCGACUCCAGCAACUGCAUCCUCACCUGCAAGGGCUUCUCCUGCGGCCAGCACUACUGGGAGGUGAUCGUGGGCACCAGGAACCACUGGCGCGUGGGCCUCAUCAAGGGCACCGUCAGCCGCAAAGGGAAGCUCAGCAAGUCGCCCGAAAACGGCGUGUGGCUCAUCGGCCUGAAGGAGGGGAAGGUCUACGAGGCCUUCAGCACCCCACGGGCCACCCUGCCGCUGACCAGCCGGCCCCAGCGCAUCGGCCUCUACCUGCACUACGAGAAGGGCGAGCUGACCUUCUACAACGCCGACAACCCCGACGAGCUCAGCGCCAUCUACACCUUCCAGGCGGAGUUCCAGGGUCAGCUCUACCCCAUCAUGGACCUGUGCUGGCCGGAGCGAGGGCCUUACUCGCCCCCUAUCAUCCUGCCCGCGCCGACUCCCAACCGGCACCCCCGGGCACCGUCCAACCAUCCCGGCCCAGAGGAACCCACCAAGCUGUAG